AUGCGUUCACUCUUUCAAAUUAGCCUCCUCGUCGCCGCUGUCCUGGCCGAGCGGCCGUUCCUCGAGGAGCCGGACACGGGACUCGAGACCUACCUCUAUAGCACCAACUACACCGAUGGCGAGCUGCCCCUGCUCAAGGAUAUGCGAGGUAUUCCCGACUUUGACUGGGCUGCCCGUCAUUACCUGAGCAACCAGCAAUACUCCUUCUACCGCACCGGAAACGGUGGUGAAUGGUCGUACCGUAACAACCUGGAGAUCUGGAGCCAGGUCAAGUUCAGGCCCCGUCAGCUGAACGAUGUCUCCAAGCUCAGCGAGACACUGCCGUCCAGCUUCCUGGGCUACAACUUCUCUGCCCCAUUCUUCAUCUCACCGGCAGCUCGUGCCGGCUACGCUGACCCAGAGCGGGGAGAGCUCAACUUUGUCGACGCCAGUGCCGCCGAGGAGACUCUCUAUGUCGCAGCGCUCUACGCCUCCAAGACCAUCGAGGAGAUCCAGGCUCAGAAGCACAACGGCACCCUGAACGGCCAACAGGUCAUCUUCCAACAGAUUUACUCCAACUCCAACCUCAGCGUUACCUGGGAUAAUAUGGCUCGCGCUGAGGCUGCCGGCGUGAAGGCUUUCGUCUGGACCAUUGACGCCCCCGGCGACUCCACUCGUCACCGCGCGGCGCGCUACGACACCACCAACGCCAACAGCGUCACCUCGGCGCUGACCUGGGAUCUAUACGACCAGAUCCGCAACCGUACCUCGCUGCCCGUCAUCCCCAAGGGCAUCACCACCGUCGAGGACGCGCUGCUGGCCAUCGAGAAGGGCGCACCUGCAAUCUGGAUCAGCAACCACGGCGGCCGCCAGCUAGACCACAGCCCUUCUUCGCUCGAGAUCGCGUACGAGAUCCACCGCAACGCGCCGCAGGUGUUCACGACUGUGGAUGUCAUGGCCGACUCUGGUAUCCGGUAUGGAACCGACGUUCUGAAGCUGCUCGCCCUGGGCGUUAAGAUGAUCGGCAUGGGCCGGCCGUUCAUGUUCGCCAACUGCUUCGGCGUCGACGGCGUGAGGAAGGCGAUCCAGAUCCUGAAGAAUGAGACUGUCCAUGACGGCGCCCAGGCCGGCGUGACUGACCUGCGCAACGUGAGCAGCAAGGUGAUCAACGCUCGUGCUCUGGAGCACAACGUAUUCCUCCUGGAUGAGUAG